GAGAGAGAACUUCGUGGAGAUGUUCUUGGGCAUGUUAAGUGAACAACUGGAAAUGCUUUCUGGAGCAAUGGGAAAGGGAGUGGUAUCCCAGAGCUUUUUGUAGGGCAACAGUUUAGGGAUGGGUGUACCUGAACUUGUGGACUGUGUGAGUGUAUGUGUAUGUGUGAGGUAUCCUGGAACUGGGGAUUACCAGACCAUUGGCAUUUGGGAGGGGAGAGGGAGUGCUGGCCACAUAAAAAUUGCAGAUGCCCUGGUUCUAAUUCUGCAGGCUUUAUUCUGGGGUUCCAACCCCUGAAUUGGGAUUUACCUUGAUCACAUGCGUCCUCCCAUCUUUUUUUUUUAACCACUGCUUAGAAAUAAGGCAUCUUGGGCAGCUGCCUUUAUGUACCUACAGAUUUGUCUAAGCAAAAUCCUGUAAAUCUUGGGUUUAUUCCAUAGCUUAAAUUAGGCAUGAAUUUCCCAAUUGACUUACUGUGGGUUUUUUUUUUUUUUGUGUGAGGGGAAGCGAACAGGUGCCCUGAUACAUUUAAAACUGGUCAGUUUAUAGAAAAUAAUUAUAGUUUGACACAUGUUGAGUUAAAUUACCUAGUUUAUUCAAAGUACUGUGUUGUGGGAAAUAUCAGAGAAGAGCAAGACAGGCCCUUAUCCUCAAGGAACCUUGUCUAGCUGGGAAGAUGAAACAUAAACCUGUGAAAUAGGCAAGAACCACUAGCUUAUGACUUGGCUUUCACUGUUGUUCAACACUAUCAGACCUGAUGGGACCAGGCCGACCAAUUUCAACUUAUGUUCAUCUGACUUCGAGUGUCCAACCAGCUGGGAUGAGUGACGCCACAAGACUUCAGGCCCAGAACCAGUUGCAGUUUAAUAAGAAUGUUCCUACACAUCCAUGCAACCUGGCAAUCCGAUAUUCUUGCCCACAUGCAAUUCAAAUUGAAAAACUGAAGCACUCAUACAAUGAGUCAUACCACAGUAGAGAUUUGGAUUGUAGAGAUGGUCCUGACCUAAGCAGUUCUGUUUCAUUUUCUGUUGUAUCAGAAGAGAGACUUAGCUACGCUGUCCACUUAGCCAAAAGAGAUGUAAAACGACGACAAUUUGAAGAACAUAUUAAAGAAUACCACCUCAAAGGCCCACCCCAAAUCUCUCAGAAAAGUGGACACACUAAGCAUAAAAUUUCUGACCACAGGGUGGAAAGGAAGAAUUCAAAGAGUCAGAAAGGCUGUCAGUGCAGCCACCAGCCAUCCAAAGUUGAAGUUUCCAGAUCAGGUGCCAGGGUGUACUUGUACACAACUCAUCCAGGACACUCAGACCUUACUGUACCAAACUCACCACCCACCCAUGAUCCCGGACUUGAGUCACAUGCCAGUGUAGUUGACCACAAAAACCUGUUUGAACAGAAGAGUCUGCUAGAAGUUCAGCGCCUCCGGAAGAAGUUGAGCAGUUGUAUACUUAAAAUUGAAGAAAUAACCAAACGAGGUAAAAUUGAGGAAACUUUGGAUCCAGAUGAGGAACGGCGAAUUCAUGUGAGGAGGCGGGAGCAAGCUGUUCGAUCUGCCCGAAUGCUCUAUGUUCUCCAGCAACAGGUUAAAGAAAUCCAGGAAGAAUUAGAUAAAUUGACUCCACAGAAAAUUAAACACACUAAGAAGUCAUGGGCCAUGUCCAGGCUGGCAGCUGCCCAUCGAGGAGCCAUUCGAGCCUUACAGAUGUUUGUUACUCAGUUUACUGACCGGGGGGAGCAUCCAGUUCCUGCUCAGUGUAGGGAACUGGGCAGUCUCAUUCGCCAGCUCUCACUCUGUUCUGCCAAGCUGGAUGCCAGUUCUUCUGUCCCUGAAGUGGUUAUAGAGAUCCUGCAACAAAUUGAGGCUCUGGAAUCCCUUUUGGAAAAUAAGCUGCCAUCAAAAAAGGAGAAGAAAUCUUUCACUGAAAUUCGGAGCAGAUUUCCUGUUGGUAUCCACAAGACCUUAGAGAAAUGGCAGAACAGUACAUCACCAAAGACUGAGAGGAGGCCUGUUGUAGCAAAAGAGAUAUUUUCUCAGGAGACCAGACAACCAUCAGUGGCUAAGAACCUUCUUGCUGAUAAGAAUCAGUCUGAUGCAGCAUAUCCAGUGACCCAGAGUUCAGAAAAUGGACUUGAUAUAUUAGAUGUAGGUAUCCUUCCAGAAGAAGCUCCAUCUAUUCUGGACCAAAAUGCAAGUUUCAAAGAAGUAGUAUCAGCCCUGACAAAAACAGGAACAGUGAAUAAGAAACCAGGGGCUGGAGAUGUGGCAUCCAGGAAGAAAGAUACUCUGGCACCAGCAAGACUACAGCAAGGACUCCACAAAGGUGAUAAAAGUAGACCGACCCAGCCUCACAGCAAAAGCAGGUUACAGCGGACAACAGUUUCAUCUAGAUUAAAAAUGACUCAGCAGCCAAUGAAAGACCAUAGGGCUCCUUGGAUACCUCCAAACCCCACCUCACCACCAGCGUCUCCUAAGUGUGCUGCUUGGCUAAAGGUAAAACCUAGCCCCAAAGAUGCCACAAAAGAACAGUCUCUCCAGCAAGUAGAUACUGAAGAGCAAAGUCAGCUGUUCAAAGGUGCUGUUGAACACGAAGCAGCCAGACUUGCAUGGCUUGAUGCUGAAACUUCUAAAAGAUUGAAAGAGCUGGAAGAACUAAAAGCUGAAGAAAUGGACAGAAUACAAAAACGCAGACUCAGUUGGCUUGAUGCUGAAAAUUCUAGAAGAUCAAAAAAAUUGAAUGAACUCAAAACUGAAGAAAUGGAUAGACUUCAGAAAUUGAGUGUUUCUACCACCCAGUUAGCAGACAAGGUAGAAAAGGCAGUUCUGGAACGUUUAAAGCCUCUCCUGGCCAAGGCCCAGAGAGUCAAUUCUUCGCUGGAAAUUGAGAAGCCGCCGGUAGAUACAGCAAGAGCCCAGCCUGCAGAGAAGGCAAUGGCUAUUGAGUCUAAAUCCACCAACAUUCAUCAGCUGGAUGAUGAUUUUUUGGAAGAUACUGCUCAUGAACUCUGGGCCAUGACUCACUCUAAGAUCUUGGAGCCUGAAGCUUUAGCCACCCUGAGGGACAGUUCAUACCUGGAAACCAUGAUGCUCCGAAUGGAGGAAAUGGAAAAAUACCAGGAAUCAGUUCGCCAGAGAUACAAUAAAAUUGGGUAUGCUGAUUCUCAUCUAUGGCUGCAGGAAGAAAAAAAUGACCAAAAAGUCCCAGCCAUAAGUGAAAGCCCCCUGCCUCCUCAUCCAAUCAAAAUCACAAAGACAGCAACUCACAAAAACCCAGAUGCGAACAUCGUGUUAGAAAGGCCCUGGAAUGGCAAUUCCUUGGAUGAAAGUAUGGGAACAGAGGAGAGGUCGGAGAAAAGAGAGGCUCCCCUUCUCUCCCUUGCAGAAGAUUCUCAGCAGAAAGCAGGUCAAGCCGCCCUCUUUAUCCCCCUGAGCAUGCGGCACAGCAUUGGUGACUACUGUAGCCGUUUUGAGCAGUACCUCCGGAUGGUAUCUCACGAGGCUGUGGGCUCCUUCAACCCGUGGUUGAUAGCUGAAAGCUUUUCAGAAGAGCUGGUAGAUGAGGCUCUGGGGGCUGUGGCUGCUGAACUUCAGGAUGUGUGUGAAGACUAUGCAGAAGCCGUGUUCACCUCGGAAUUCUUAGAGGCUGCUCCAUAGCAGCUCUCCAAGACAGGGCCCAUCAUGGCACGCCAGAGGAGGGACAGCAUCACUUUGUGUCUUAGCUCAUAGGAAGUGCUUUUCCUCAGCUCUCCAUCAGACCCCGAAGAAGCUGCCAUCUGAAAGGAAGGAAGGAAAUGCCAGUGAGGUCACCCUCGCUCUGCAUUUUCUCAUUCUCUAGCAGUGGUUCUGGUAGUUUCUGUUGGACCAUGUUCUGUUUAUCAGUGCCCUGGAAAUGUGAACUGAUUAUGACAAUAUAUUUUCUGACUGUAUCAUUUUCACUAUUGAAAUAAUAUGCUCAUUCCCACCGACUGAUCGGGAUGUUUUGAGAAGUAUAUUUCACACAGGGAUUCAACUUGCUGAAUGUGCAGGUGGCAUUGCUGCAAAAGCCAAACGCAUUGCCGUUGCUCUCUUGUCCUGCUACCUGGGUGGUGUUUCCAUCUGUGGCGAUUUCCUAGCAGGAUACCUGUCCCUACAGGGUUGCGGACGUGUUGAACACAGGUCGGUUAUGCUGCCACACCUCUGCUUUGUUGCAGCUUAUCAAAAAUAGAGACCAGGUUGCCAGUGCCCAGUAGUGCUUACUCAUCUCUAAUGUUUAGGCCUUAGAUGCCUUUUCAUAUUUUCAGCUCCUCAAAAACUUAAUGCUGUGGUUUGUCAUAUUCUGACAUUAAAAAAACAAACAAACAAACUUUGUCUGAAUUCAGAGGAAUGUUGAGGGCUUCAGGAGAAGCCAGGCCUCUCUUAUCUCUGGUUGGAGGUAUUGAGCUCACCUGUCCUUGAUGUGGUUAGGAGUUUCUAGGGUUCCUGACCACAGAGAAGCCUUGUGUUUUCCAGAGAGAACAACCUUGAUGGUGUGAAGACACCCAGUGAAAGAAAACUGAAGAAUCUUAAUAGCUUGGUCUUCAAAUACCUUACAAGUCAUAAUCUACUAAGAGCAAAGCCUCUUGUAAAGGGUUCAGGAACUGUGAAUCAAAGAAAUAUACAUUAAACAUAAGCCCACUGCCUGGAGAAAGUUCCCAUCUAUCUUUUUGCCAGAGGCUAGGUGAAAUGUGAAGAGUGAGCGAGCAAUGUGAGACACACGCCAUGGAAUAAUGUGAAUCUUUUUUUUUUUUUUUUUUUUUUUAAACUUGGAUGGUGGAUGUGGUAUAUAGAGCAUUACCUUGCAAUUUUAUGUGAAUCUUUUUAGAACACGUAUAUAGUGUGUCUUCUGGGCAUUUUCUCUGAAGUACAAGUAUUUCAGGUGAUAAUUUACACUGCUCCAUCACACUCCUUUGUGCAAAAUUGAUUUUCAUUACAUGUUACUGUUUUACUGCUUUUUGUAUUGCCUCAGAAUUAAAGACUUCACAGGAAAUUGGGAGUUUUUAAUUCAGUAUGUUGUUACAUGUAUAUACUUGAAUUUAUUGGAGUUGGUGUCAUUAAUAGCUAAAGGGAAUUUCUGUGACAGUUUUUAUAGUUUUCUGUGAUGGUUUUUAAAAUAAAUUCAUUAUUUUAAAGGA